CGUCGUAAUUUUUUUUUAUCUGCUAAAUGCGAGUUAUUUGUGCAUCACAGUACUGUGUGAGAUUGUAGCCGGAGGAAGGGUUCACACGGUCCCCGGGUCGUCAUAACCUUUCUACCCAACAGUUACUCAGAAACAGAUUUGUUGUUACUUUCGAGCGCUGUUGUUCUCGCUGGUGAUCUCAGUGACUUACAGUGUACUCGUGGUUAACUUAAAAUGGAUUUCAGUGAGGCGUAUGACGACACCAACACGUCUGUGGGCCUCGCUGCUCGUCUUGGAGAUGCUAAGUUACUUAAGGUGAAGAAAACUAUGAGACUACGACCACCUGUUUCCCUCAAGGGAGGUUCCUUGACGCUGGAGCUGCUGCAGACUGGCCAUCCGACUAAUGGACAUGACAACCGAGGAUGGCGUCCAUUGCAUGAGGCAGCAGCAGGUGGUCAUGUAGAGUGUGUUCGCUUCUUAUUGUUGGCAGACGAUGUUGAUGUCGAUGCUCUGACACAUGAGAGUACAACUGCUCUGCAGUUGGCUUGUUUACCACAGUCGAGCCAUAGUGAAGUGGUGAAGCUUUUGCUUAGUGCUGGUGCUGACCCAAACAUGAUGUGUGGUGAUAAUUGGGCUUUGCCACUACCUAAAGCUGUGGCAAACAAGAAUUUGGAAACUGUCAGGUAUUUGCUGGAUGCUGGUGCUGAUCCAAAUCGGGAAGACUAUGAGUCUGGGAUGCCGUUUCAUGUUGCUGCUGCAAAGGGCUUAUUGGAGAUCGUGCAGUUGCUUCUAGAAAAUGGUGCCGAGAUCAACAGGUUUGAUGAGUCUGAACGAACAGCUCUACAUGUACUCACAUAUCGCCAGUACAAAGAUUGUAAUACUUUUCCAGUUCUUGAGCUGCUAUUGAAAAGAGGUUGUGAUGUCAAUGCAAGAAUGCAAGAUGGUACCACAGCACUUAUGCUGGCUGUACAGAGCAAUUGGAAGGAUGCAGUGAACAAGCUGCUGGAACAUGGGGCUGAUGUCAAUGUAAUGAAAGCAGAUGGUGUGCUGGCUCUUCAUUUUGCUAUUGAAUUUUGUCUGGAUUACAGUGAAGAACAUUCAUGUGGCAAUAGUGAUGAAGAUGAGACCAAUGUUGACCCAGGAUGUAGUGACCUUUUAGAAAAGAUCCUCAGUCUUACCUCCAUGGAGCACAUUGUUCCCAAGUCGACAAGUGUCAUCAAAUAUAGCCUCUUUCACCUGGCUGUUGAGUGGAAUAGGUUUAAUGCCCUGAAAGCACUAGUGGAGACUGGAGUGCCUCCAGACAAGUUCCUGCAGGAGAGUAGCAAUGCUGCUCUGGAUGAAGCUGAUGUCAAUCUCUUCCGUCAGGUACCUCUGAUGCUACAUUUAGGAACAAGUGUUGAUACGCCACUUGGUUUCCUCCUCUCCAAGCCUUUCACCAGACAAAGGGUGGACAUAGCAAAGUUUAUGAUUGACAAAGGAAGUAGUGUUAAUGCCGUGACUAGAGAGUGCCUACCUCCUCUAGUAGCUGCUGUCAAGCACCAACGCAUCUCCUACAGUGAGGGUGCUCUUGGCUCAGAGGUUGUGCAAUAUCUACUUAACCAUGGUGCAGAUGUUAUGUAUAAAAUGAGUGAGAGUGAUAUUCUUCCUGUAGCACUGUAUGUUUCAUCUCUAUUCAAUGUGGUUGCCUUCUUCAAACUUUUGCAACAGGGCAUGCCAGCUCAUCAAGUGUUCAACCGCAGUGCUCUUGAGAAACUUAGUCAUCACUAUUCUGUCUCUGGAUUUUAUACAGUAUAUUCUAUGUUUCCUUGGCGUGUGAUAACGUGGCUGCACACACUCAACUUAUUCAUCCCACAACUGGGAUUGGAUACGAGGCUUCUCUAUGACCAAGGCAGAAUGGUGGAUGAUGAAAAUCUUAAUAAAGCAUGGAAUAACUUGGACAACAUUAUUAGUUCACCCAAGACAUUGCAGCAGCUGUGUGCAUUGGCAGUACGACAAGCUGUUGGGGAAGUUAGAGGCUGGAAUCAGCUACCAUCAUCUCUCAAUCAGCUAAAACUCAUGAAUGCACCACUUCCUCCUAUAAUUAUGAGCCUCUUGCAGUUUACACAGGUGUCCCAUAGAUCGAUCGCCAGCCCACUCAGCUCACACAACUGAGGUCCGGAGUUCGAUGGUAUGGCUGGAAAUCAUUAGGGACAUGUUUCCAUAAGACACCUGCUGUCCCUGUUUACUCAUCAUUAUACAAUGGGUACCUGACCAACCAGCAUCACGUCAAAGCAAUGGAGAAGAUCCAGCCAGAUUAGUAAUCAGCCCAGCCAUCAUCUGAUCUUGGUAUGAUAACCAUGCUAUGCAUUUUGUACAGUAAAUAAAGUGUAUGUUGGAUUUAAACUGAUGUUUGAUUUCAUUUGUUCAUUUAACUAUUUGUGUGCACCUGUAUGGCUGUAUCGCUGGUGCUGUGAUAAGCUGGCCUCAAGGUUUCAACUUUAAGCACAAUUUUUGACUACUUGUUUGUGGUUUAUUGGGUUCAAAAUCUAAAUUAAGCUAAAUGCAAACAUGAACAGACACAGAAUAAAAUGAACGAAUACAGUGAGUAACUGGAACUAAUGAAGGAAACAGUCAAAUAAGCGAGCUCGAGCUGUUAGGGUGCUACGGGGCUUCAGUACAGUGACAAGUGUGUCUUUGUGGGUUACUCGCAUUACAUCACAAAAUUAAACAAUUGCUAUAUUUGCACUAGCAGCACUUGAUCAACAUUUGACCUUAGCAUUCUAUAUCUUAUUAGGAAGCUCUCAAGGUCUGUUCUAAAAGUCUUAAUAGCAAAAGACCAAGAAACUAAACUGAAUCUGAAUUUAUGUGAAAAACUUAGUGUUUAGUGUUAGAUUGCGCUAAUUUUUUCGGCUGUUUAGCAGUUUAGCGUAGCUAAUUUUUUAGUUAAUGGAUUAGCAGUUAGUGAAGCUAGCUUUUUGGUUAGCUGUGCCCACCACUGUUAUUAUUAUUAUUAAUUAUUAUUAUCAAAAAAAUGUUUACUUAUAUGUUCCAAUCUAAACACAUGGUUAACACGUCCCCUACUCUUCCUAAAACCUUGUUCAUCUGUAAUCCUGCUAUAUGAAU